AAUAAAUCAUCAGAUUUUAUUCACCGAGCGGAAGGAGGCAAGAAGGGCAGGGAAGCUAAAAUAAAAAAUGGAAUCAAAAGCAGCAGCAGCAGCAACACCUCCACACCCAAGUUCUGCAAGAUUCGCAGACUCUCAAUGUUACCAGCAGCACGCUGCCUCUCUCAAAUGCUUGGAAGAGUUUGGCUCGGACAAAAGCAAAUGUCUAGAGCAUUUUGAUGUCUACAAGGAAUGCAAGAAAAAGGAGAGAGAAGCUCGGUUGGAACGCAAUAAAAGCCGCUCCUUCUUUUCAUGAAAUCUGCUUGUGGUGAUCCAAAGGAUUAUCUUAUGGGAAAUCAUGCCUGUGCUGACCCCAUUUUGUUUAUAGAGCUAGCCUUGUAAGCUGUUGGAUUCUAACUAUAAUUAUCAAACUAUGUCAGGGAAUAGAGUGAGGUUCAAAUAACGUGCUUGCGUAUUUGCAUAAUUGCAACAUGUGCUGCAUAAGGCUAUGAAUUGAUAACCUCAUUGAACGAUAGCAGAGAUAAACGACCAAGCAUCGGAUUCAAAGAAUGCUUGCAUUAUGAAUUUAUGCAUGUCCGAAUGCAAUUUAUUUGACAAAACAAUGUAAGAAUUGUCUUAAUUUCCUCACAGAAGUUGCUCAAAGCUUGAAUGUCAAGGUACUCUUCUAAUAUGGAGGCUAACACCGUCCCAAGGAUGCACAACCAGCCUGGACUGUGGGGAAUGAUGGUAUGCUGGUGAGAUGAGAAGCUAAACUUUGGCAUGAUGAGUAAUAAAAUAACCUUCAUUUCUGCCAUGCAAAGUGUUGACCUGCACAGAUGCAAGCACCACCCCAAACGACAUUAUGCCUGGGGAUUUGUGCUAGCCCAUGGAAUUCCCUUGGCAAAUCUUUUCGGAUUGAACUGGUGAGCAUCAGGCCCCCAUAGAUCAGGAUUCAGUUGCGGUAUUGGGAUUGAAAUUUGAAUGUUCAUUUCUUUCGGGAUUGUCAUGUCUUUGAACUUUAUAUCUUGGAAGGAUCUGAUCACAAACACCACAGGCGGGUAUUGGCGCAUCGUCUCUUGGAUUGCCAUUAUAAGCUGCUUGUAAAUUGUUGAAAGUCAACAGUAGAAAUUCAGACAAAGACUUGGUUGAA